AAUAAAUUUAAUUCGUUACUCUAACGUUUGCAAAUUUUAGUAUUUUUUGUAAAGAGAUCUGAUUGUGUAACAGUAGUCAUUUGGCUUGAAAGUGACAUUGACCCUAACAUUAUGAAUAAAUCAAACGCAAAGGCGGAAUCGCUUCGAAUAGAAGGAAAUGAAUUGUUCAAUCGAAAGUGUUACCACGAUGCGAUGGUAAAAUACAACCAAAGCCUAUGUCUAGCUGCACCGCGUAGUGAAAUGUUAGGUCUUGCUUAUGCAAACAGAUCCGCAGUUUAUUUCGAAAUGAAACUCUUUGACAAUUGUAUGAGGAACAUUACCUUGGCCAAGCAAAACCAGUGUCCAGAAGUGACUAUUGAAAUUUUGAUCAAACGCGAAGCGAAAUGUUUGACCGCUCUGAGGCAAUCAAAUCGUUCAGAGAGUGGUAACGCAGACAUACCGAAAUUUUUCAAUCUGUCCUAUCCGUCACAUAAGAAACUUCCAUUCAUGGCUGACUGUUUGGAACUGAGGCACAAUGACAAGUAUGGACGACAUAUUGUAACCAAUAAAUGCCUGAAAGUUGGUGACAUUGUGGCUAUGGAGGAGCCAUUUUGCAAAAUCGUCCGGAAGGCGUUCAUACAUCAGAUAUGUUCAUGGUGUUUUAAGAGCAAUUCGAUGGAUCUAAUACCAUGCCGUGGUUGUACAACAGCAAUGUUCUGUUCGGAUGAAUGUGAGUCACAAGCUAAUCGAACAUUUCACAAAUACGAAUGCCAUAUGAGCGAGAUAACAUCAGCACUCAGCACAAACCUGCAAAUGGCGUUACGAUCAUUUUUCACCACAUUAUCAUUAUUCGGCGAAUCGUUGGAUGAUCUUCAAAACUAUUUGUUGGAAAAUGCGAAUCCAUGCACAAUCUUUGAUGUUAAGGAUCCUCACGAUCAACGGGCCAAAUUUAUGGCAAUCAAUUCUUUGUCGGCUAAUGCAGAGGUUACGGUCGAAAAGAACAUUUUGGAAAAGAUUUUUCAAACAUCGCCGGAACUGAAUGAAAUGUGGUCGAAGUACGAUGAUCUUAUUGCCAAUUUCCUGAAACGGCAAAUUCAAAUUGCCACUCUCAAUUACCAUGAAAUCUACUUUUGGCCUUUGAAAAAUGGACGUACUCAGGAUCAUUUGUCAGACGAUUCUUUAACAUAUCAACGAGGUACGGUUGCAGCUGGCAAUGGAAGCUAUCCCCUUGCCUCUCUAUUAAACCACGAUUGUGCUCCAAAUAUCAUAAAAGCAUUCAUUGACGACAAAGUCGUUUUAGUGGUACAGCGGCCAAUUAAGAAGGGCGAUCAACUAUUCGACAAUUAUGGAUACCACUUUGCGAACGUGUCGAAAAGCUAUAGACGUAUGGACCUGCUGAAGCAAUAUAGAUUCGAAUGUGAUUGCGAAGCCUGUAAAAAUGAUUGGCCCCUUUUGUCACAACUGAAGGUCAGCGACAGAAUGUGUUUGAAUAAAGCAAAAAAAUGUUGCAGAGAACUAGGCCUAAUGAACUGCAAUCGAAAGAAAGCAAUCGUUAAGUACAAGGAACUAUGUGAAAUGUUAGACAAAAGUGGAAAAAACUUUCCUUCGCUGGAAACGUGUAGUAUUAUGCAAAGUGCUGCAGCUUACCUGGAGAUGAGUUUGAAACCUUCGUUACAAUUUCCGUAGAAGAACAUGUUUGGUCCAUAUACUCAAUGAAAAAAAUAUGCCACGCGGUCAUCUGUUAUCGAUAAGAACAACAAAAAUAAGCGCACUCAUCUCUCGAUAGUGUUCUCUUAUAAAGUAAAAUGAAUGUUGAAAAUAAUGAAGUAAAAGAUUUUGAAUCAAACACUAAAGUUUGAAAUCGCAAUUGUUCACUGAAAUUUCGUAAAUUUAUGAACUUGGCAAAACAUUUGCAAAAAAGGUUCCAUUAAAGGAUUCAAAAAACAAGAUGAAACGAAAAUCGUGAUUGAUUCAAACGAUGCCCUUUAAAAUGUUUAAAAAUGUUCUUCUACCGCACAUAUAGUACGGUUGCAUGUUUCAUUCCGUUCGCCUUGCAACUUUUGAAUUUUUUUUGGUAUAGGAUGUUGUUUGUGGUGAAAAAGUAUAAAACUAUUUUUUUUCCGGAAAAUGGAAAAUCCACUUUCCGGCCGGAAAACCCAUUUAUAUGAAAAAAUUAAACUUUUUUCAAUUUUUUUUUUUUCUGAAGAGGGUCAUCCUAUGUCGACAUUUUGUGGAACAACUUUUUUUUUGUGAAUCCAGAUGGCGUUGGUAUCUGUACUUUCCCAAAAAGUGGCCCGGAAAUUUCCUCAACUUUGUGGACUGAUAACUUGACCAAUUUUUAGUCCAUUUUGAUGAGUAAAAGUGAUUUAGAAAGGUAUAAGUAACUCUUUCAAAAUCUGCCCGUUCAGGAAUUGACUUCUGACGAUCUCAAUUAUGACGAUUUUUCAUGAAAUAGAGCAAAAAGUGGGAUGGAAGUUCGUUGAAUCUCUAGGUUCUAGAACUUGGAAGAUGUAGGUAUCGAUUUAUGGGGUGAAGAGUGCCCAAUACAUAGGAACUGACCUCUGACGAUCUCAAUAAUUGCAUUUGAUGAUAGGAAAACAAAAAAAAGUCUAGUAGAACUCGUUAAAUCUCUGAGUUCUAGAACCAGGAAGAGAUACUUAUCAAUUACCGGUAUGAGAAAUGAUGCCUACGUAAUUGCUAUUUAAAAAUGUCGAGUUUUUAUUUUUAAAUUGUCACAAUAAUACCAAGGAAAAAUGUUACAAAUUUAACGAAAACUUAAAUUUGGAGGUAGGUGGGAAUCCUGGCGCAUAUCUUGGAAACCACAAAUCGGUUCAAGCUCCGACUUAUACCUUUCUAAAUCAAUUUUACUCAUCGAAAUGGACUAAUAAUUGGUCAAGUUAUCAGUCCCCAAAGACUCAUCCAAAAAAGGUUGUUCCACAAAAUGUCGGCAUAGGAUGACCCUCUUCAGAUUUUUUUUUAAAGACUCAUUCCUUCAGGAGAUAUUUGACUUUUAAUUUUUUCAUAUAAAUGGGUUUUCCGGCCGCAAAAUCGAUUUUCCAAUUUCCGGAAAAAAUUUAGUUUUAUACUUUUUCACCACAAACAACAUCCUAUACCAAAAAAAUUCAAAAGUUGCAACACAAGCACUGGAUAAUAAUCCUCUGAUAUUCAUCAAGCGAUCAUCGUGACACUAUAUUGUCGUGUUCACUACCUUAACUUAUGUGAUUUGUUGGGAUUUCAAUUUGUCUCAAACUUUAUUAGAUUUGUGAUAUUACGUGUUACGGCAUGUUUCAUUUUCAUUUACAUUGCCUAAUCACGUAAAGCAUUGUACCCUUCGGGUCGGGCUGU